CACAUCCUCGGCAGAAGAAAAUAAAGCUGGAGACUGUGGGAUAAAGAUGAUCUAUGAGAUUUAUCUAUAGCUCUUUGUCUCACUCAUCUCCCAGCCUGUGCAUAUGUAGUUAGGCUCGAAAACAGAAAAACUGUAUAUAUUGUCCUGUCUUGUUAGGGAUAUUCUGAGUUUCAAAUAUUUUCUCAAGUUUCUGGAAAUCUUGUAGAAAAAGGAAAAAUGUCUACCGCCGACAAGAGUCAAUACAACUCGAGGAUAACACCCUAUGUGUUUUCCUGCUGGAUUCUUGCUGCCUUUGGAGGGCUGAUGUUCGGUUACGACAUUGGCAUUUCAGGCGGAGUAACUGGAAUGGAUGAAUUCCUGAUGACGUUUUUCCCCAAAGUCCACGAGAGAAAGUUGCACGCACAUGAAAACAACUACUGUAAAUAUGAUGAUGAAAUGCUACAACUCUUCACAUCUUCUCUAUACAUAGCAGCACUUAUAGCCAGUUUCUUUGCCUCUAAGGCCUGCUCCCUUUGGGGACGCCGGCCCACUAUUCUUAUGGCAUCACUGUUAUUUAUUGCUGCUUCCAUCAUCUGUGGCGCUGCUAAUACAAAGUGGAUGUUAAUUUUUGGUAGAGUUCUUUUUGGAAUUGGAGUAGGCUUUGGAAAUGAAGCUGUUCCCUUGUUUUUAUCAGAAAUUGCACCCAUACACCAUAGGGGAGCGGUGAAUAUCCUCUUCCAACUCUUGGUGACAGUUGGGAUCCUCAUUGCCAACCUUAUCAACUAUGGAACAUCAAUGAUGAAGCAUGGUUGGAGGGUGUCAUUGGGGCUUGCAGCAGUUCCAGGAUUUAUCCUCUUCAUAGGGUCUUUGGUCAUCACUGAAACUCCUCCCAGCCUUGUUGAAAUGGGCAAAGAAAUGGAAGCAAGAGCAGCCCUCCAGAAAAUCAGAGGUGUGGACAAUGUUGAUGCUGAGUUUCAGCAGAUUGUUACAGGCUGUGAACAAGCCAAACAAGUUAAACGACCUUUCAAGAAAUUGUUCAAGAAAUCCGGAUUCCCUGCUUUGUUCAUCUCCACUAUCAUUCAGGUUUUCCAGCAGUUUACUGGGAUCAACGCCAUCAUGUUUUACGCUCCGGUUUUGUUCCAGACAUUGGGAUUCAAGUCUGAUGCCUCAUUGUUGUCGGCUGUCAUUACCGGUUUGGUUAACGUGGGGGCCACUUUCGUGUCCAUCUAUGCUGUUGACAAGCUAGGAAGGAGGAAGUUGCUUCUCCAAGCUUCCAUCCAGAUGUUUAUUUCCCAGGUUGCAAUUGGAGCAAUCUUGGUAACCCACCUGAAGGCGACAGGGUCAUUGGACAAGGUAUUGGCAGCUGUGGUGGUGGUUCUAGUUUGCACAUUCGUGAUGUCAUUUGCAUGGUCGUGGGGGCCAAUGGGAUGGCUGAUUCCCAGUGAAAUCUUCCCAAUAGAGACAAGAACAGCAGGUUUUGCAUUUGCAGUGAGUACAAAUAUGAUCUGCACUUUCAUAAUUGCUCAGGCAUUCCUCUCCAUGCUGUGCCAUAUGAGGGCCUACAUUUUCUUCUUCUUUUCUGCUUGGAUUCUGGUAAUGGGACUCUUUGUGGUGUUCUUAUUGCCGGAGACCAAAGGAGUACCCAUCGAGUUGGUUGAGGAAAGGGUCUGGAAGCAACAUCCAGUGUGGAAGAAGUUCUUCAAGGAUGAUGCAAAGGAGACAACCGAUUGAUCAACCAAUAAAAUAUAUGAAUAAUGUGGAUUCCCACAAGUUGGUUUCUAAUUAGUUUUGUUUCCUCUUUCUAUUUGCAUUUUUUACUAUGUGAAAAAGUAUGAGACGCGAUGUACAUGUACUUGGAGGUAAAUGCAAUAUUUUAAUUAGAUAAAGUCCUCUAUUUUAGAUUU